AUGAAAGCCUGCAAACACUGGCACAAGCUACGAAACCUGAAUGUCCUGGACCUGCGGCACAUCUCAGAACUUAACAAUGAGACUGUGAUGGAGGUGGUGAGGAAAUGUCACAACCUCAGUUCCCUCAACCUCUGCCUCAACUGGAGCAUCAACGACAGGUGUGUGGAAAUCAUCGCCAAGGAGGGGAGAAGUCUGAAGGAGCUCUAUCUUGUGUCUUGUAAAAUCACAGACCACGCUCUGAUAGCCAUAGGCCAGUACAGCAGUACUAUAGAGACUGUGGAUGCCGGCUGGUGUAAGGACAUCACAGACCAGGGAGCCACGCAGAUCGCUCAGAGCAGCAAGUCCCUCCGCUACCUGGGCCUCAUGAGAUGUGACAAGGUGAACGAGGAGACGGUGGAGAGGCUGGUGGUCCAGUACCCUCACAUUGUUUUCAGCACGGUGAUGCAGGACUGCAAGAGAACCCUGGAGAGAGCUUAUCAAAUGGGCUGGAGCCCCAACACAUCGAACACUUCGUAGCUACUGCUGGAUCACACACAGACACACAUACAUACACACACAAACACAGAGGCCCUUUUUGUGUACAGACACAUACACAAUAUUUGAAACUCAGUCAUGUUUGCUUCUCAUCCACGAUUAAUACAUGCAUGUGAACAUGUAGCUACACACUCACAGAGAAAGGUCCAUUCAAGUGUUUCAUUUGAAGCAAAUCUCCCAUUUUAAUCAUUUAAGUAAAUAUGGGGCUCUUGGUAUUUUGUAAUUAAAUGAGACUUCAUACACCACCACUUGUUGGUUUUAGUCACCUUGACUGAAUCGUCCUCAGAGUUGUUUGUUCGGACUGGUCUUGAACACGUGAAAAAGAUUCAAACUAACGCAUCAUUAAAUCAAAGACGUUCAGCGAUGGUCGGACCAGAAUUGUUUUUAAUGAGAAUAGAUUAAAAAUGGUUUGUCGCCUCCAACUGGAACGCGAUGUUCCCGAGCACUGCGCCCUCUGCAGUGUUUACUCUUCAAACUGAAUUCAACUGCUGCAGUAAGAUAGCACUAGACAGAGCAGAGACUUGGAAAUCCGGAGAUGACAUCCCACAACUUCAGUCCGGAAGACAACUGAGCUGCCAGAGCUUCAGACCUUACUUGAGGCAUUUUGAGAAAUCUGUGAUGUUUAUUUUCUCCAUUUAGAAGAUUUUUCUUUUCUUGGAUGUUCAGUACAGUGUUAAAGGCAUUCGUGGACUCUUGCGUGUGUGUUGGAUUGUUGACAAGGCUCCCAUUUGAAGGACAGAGCUCUUUUCUGUGACUUAUUAUGCACAUUGUCAUGGUACAGAAGAAAAAUUCAGGCCAGGGUCAGUCAAACUCCUGGCAAAUGCAUGGCAGGAAAACAGCAUUGAUUACUUCUCCAAAACUGCAUGUUUACAUAGUGACUCUCUAUUACUUGGGAACAAUGCAGUUUUUGAUGCCAUGCACAUAUUUAGCAUUGACUGAGUAUCACCUUGAGUCAGCACAGAAUAAAAUCAAACAGUGAUUUAAAUAGAAGUUGCCUUUACUGAAAAACCCUGGGUCAGGAUAUUAACCACAACCGCCAUGAUGACAGGUAAGAUGAAACGUUGCCUUAAGUGGUUAGUAGGUAAUUGCCAUCCAAUUAGCAACCUGAAAUUGACCCAGAAUUUACUAAAGAAAUGUUUAUGUGCUCUGAGUUUAUCUGAUACCAUAUUCUCAUUAUUUGAUCUGUUAUAUACAUAUAAAUAAAUACUGUGUUUGAUUUAUUUAGCCUAAUAUCAGUUUUGAACAUAUACUUGUAACAUUAUCUAUGUAGCAAUGCAAUGAGGGAUUUAUCUUUGUUAGUGAUGUAGGAUGUAAAGAAAACAUUGGAGUGGGCCUAUAACCAGGGCCAGUAGAAAUAGGUAGGUAAGACUUGAUCAUUUUCCAUCUAUUCUAUAGAAACUCAGUAGUGUACAGUUAAAAAUGCAAAUAACCAGGGUAUUUUUCUAUGGUGUGAACCAGCUCUGGGCUCAGCCUCCACACACUGUCACUCAGAUAUGAACAAAAGACUGAGCUUAGGAUUUGAGUAGAAUGGUAAACUUUCUACAGCAUAUAGAGAUUUCAGACAAUUAAAAACAUGUUAAUUUUACCCUUGUCAGGAUUUGUAGACUUUAAUCGAUGGAGAGUCUCUCUCUCAGCCUGUUUUUGUUCUGUUUCUGUUCUUUUGUAAUCCCCAUAUGCACUUUCUUCUCUGCUAGAUGUUGACACACUUGAUUCCUGAUUUGUUAAGGCAACCGUAAAUGACUGGAUUUACAUAAAGAUGAAUAAAACACUACUACUUCAAGCUA